AUGUCCACUAUUCAGAGAACGUUACGAUUAGUUACUGAUCAGCAUAUUUUGCCUGGAGGGGAAGCUGCUGUCCUAAAUGAUCAAAGCUAUGCUAUGCGAGAAUGGGCUAUCAAGCUUGUUUGCCUAGACGCUCAGCAAGAAGAAGUAGAUGCAAGUUUUAUUGAUCGUGUAACUUAUAAAUUACAUCCUACGUUUCAGAAUCCCACAAGGACUGUUCGUAAGCCUCCUUAUAUGAUUCGAGAACAAGGUUGGGGUGAAUUCGAAAUGGAAAUCAUCAUCUAUUAUGCGGACAAAGGUGGUGAAUACCGCUUUUCUCACUACUUGCACUUCCAACAAGAGCAUUAUCACGAAGACAUUGAUUUGACAAUUACUGCUGGUCGGCCAGGCUUGCUGAAAGCUUUAUCCCUCACAGGCCCCGUUCCUGGUUAUUCACCCGAGGCCGAAGAAAUAAGAAAGGACAAGCGAAAACCUGAAGUCGAUGCCGGUGCUGCAAAGAAAAAAACAAAGGCAAAACCUGUGGAUAUGGAAAAGCUGGCUGAUGGCCUUCAAAAAUUACAAGAAGAUGACCUUUUACAAGUUGUACAAAUGGUAAAUGAAAACAAGACUCCAGACAUGUACGUUCGUAACGAUAUUGAAGGAGGUGAAUUCCACAUUGACCUUUAUACUCUUCCCGAUAAUUUGCUUCUUUUAUUAUACAGCUUCUGUGCGAAACGCGUUACUAUGUAA